AUGUCAUUCUCAUCCCUCGUUCAAGACAUCGCUUUCCGCGACUCGCCGUCUCAGGCCAACAAUGCUCGAACGAGCGCCAGCAACAUCAGCACCAAUGACACACAGUCGACCAUCUCGCGGCCAUCCAUGGCCCGCUCAUAUACCUCUACGGCCGCCACCAGCGUGAGCAUCGCAGGCGAUAUCUCCAGCCAGCUCCACGCCGGCUACAGCCACCCUCUGUCACGAGCAUGGCAAGCAGAGAGACAAUUGACCAAGUCCAUGCUCAUCUACCCUCUCUUCAUCACCGACAACCCCGACGAAAUCACCCCCAUCCCUUCACUCCCGAACCAGAACCGGCUCGGCCUCAACAAACUUGUCUCCUUCCUGACGCCACUUGUACAAAAGGGCCUCCGCAGCGUCAUACUCUUCGGCGUGCCUCUGGCCCCAGACGCAAAAGACGCACUAGGCACAGCAGCCGACGACCCUGAAGGCCCGGUCAUCAAGGGCAUCCAAGUCAUCCGACGGCACUUCCCGCAACUGUUUGUCGUCGCGGACGUCUGUCUGUGCGAAUACACGUCGCACGGCCACUGCGGCAUCCUGCGCGACGACGGCAGCCUGAAUAACGCCAUGAGCGUGGAGCGCAUCUCGGACGUGGCUAUGGCGUACGCGCACGCGGGCGCCCACUGCGUGGCCCCCUCGGACAUGAACGACGGGCGCAUCCGGGCCAUCAAGCUGAAACUCAUCGAGGCGGGCCUCUCGCACCAGGUCAACCUCAUGUCCUACGCGGCGAAAUUCUCGGGCUGUCUGUACGGCCCCUUCCGCGACGCCGCGGGCUCGUGCCCCAGCUUUGGCGAUCGGAAGUGCUACCAACUGCCUCCUGGAGGUCGCGGGCUCGCGAGACGGGCCAUCGCGCGAGACAUCCAAGAAGGCGCGGACAUCAUCAUGGUGAAACCCGCGUCGUCGUUCCUCGACAUCAUUUCGGAUGCGAAGGAGAUCGCAAAGGACAUGCCCAUUGCCGCGUACCAGGUGAGCGGCGAGUACGCUAUGAUUCAUGCGGGCGCCAAGGCCGGCGUGUUUGAUCUCAAGACCAUGGCGUUCGAGAGCACAGAAGGGAUCCUGAGAGCCGGGGCAGGAAUUGUAGUCAGCUACUUUACGCCUGAGUUUCUGGAUUGGUUGAGCGUAUGA